UCUACUGUGUUCCCCCUUUCUUUCUGUGCCCAUUGUUGGGUGGAAAACCUUCCGGUUGUGGAGAGAGCCCUGGAAGUCUGGCCAUCACUGCUCUUGUACAUGGAAGCCAUGAAAUCAAAGAAACUCUCGAACCCUGGAACAGCAUCUUAUGACACAGUUGCAGCAGCCAUGAAGGAUCCACUGAUCUUGGCCAAAUUGCAGUUCUACAUGGCACUCGCCAGGACCUUCACUCCCUUCCUGAAAAAAUAUCAGACAGAUGAGCCUGUGCUUCCAUUCUUUCCGAAGGACCUGACUGAGAGUCUACUCAGACGCUUUAUAAAGAGAGAAGUCCUCCAUGAUAUCAGUGCCCUGCAGCUGACCAAAUUGGAUGUCACAGACAAGACCAUCUGGCUCAGCCCACAAGACAUCUGCAUUGGUCUAGGUGCAGAGUCAGUCCUUAAGAGCAUCAAAGGUGCAGAGCUCAGGGUGCUAGAGUUCAGGAGAGAGUGCAUGCAGGGACUGUGUAGCAUCAUUAGGAAAGUGCAGGACAAGAGCCCCCUCAAGUAUCUGACUGUUAGGCAGAUGGUGUGCCUGGAUCCAUCAGUAAUGUACAGAGACCUAACUGAUACUUCUGCGGGAGAUGUCAUACUGCAGCACUUUGACAGUUUUCUAUCCUUGGAGAGCCGGAGUGAGGCUUUUCUCUCCUUUCCUCCCAUGCGGAAGAGGCUGGACAUCUUCCUGAGGAGUGCCAUGGAACCUUAUCCAGAGCUGUGGGGCUUCUGCAAGAAGUUGCCCAUCCUUUCCCACGGCCAAGCUACAGCUGAACGUGGAUUCUCUAUCAACAAAGAGGUGGAGUCAGACAAUAUUAAAGAGGACACUGUGGUCACACGGAGGCUGGUGUGUGAUUAUAUUACACAACACGGAGGUGUUACCCAGGUUCCACUCAGUAAAGCGCUACUUGAGAGUGUAGCAAGAGCUAGGACUAGAUAUCGUGCCCAUCUUGAGACUGAGAGAAAGAAAAGGGAGGCAAAAUCCCAGGCUCUUAAGAGGAAAGAGGCAGAGGACUGUCUUCAGGAGCUAAAGGUGAAGAGGAGACGCAUACAAGAGGUGUGUGGGGGUCUGGCUAGGGAUGCGGACAGGCUGGCUGAGGAGGCUGAAAGGAAGGCAGGAAGCAAGAUGGCUGACCUGAUCUCCAGGUCCAACCUCUUGCGGAGAGGCCAUAAGGAGAAGUUGACGGAACUGGCUGUCCUUGAUAAAGACAUUGCUGCCCUGAUUGAAGAGCUAAGGAGUUGACUGUUUCUUAAUUUAAUUUAAUUUAAUUUAUUGUUGAGUUCUUAUUUUCGAUGUUUAUUGUUCAGGGGUCUCUCAGUUCCCCAUAUUCCCAGCAUGGAAUAAGUAGAUAGCUUGUUAAAAAACAAC